AUGUCUGGGGAGGAGGAGUUUGAUCUGUUCGAGAACAUCUCCUCAGUGCGGCCUUGGGAUGGGCCUCAGUACCACAUUGCUCCGGUCUGGGCUUUCCACUUCCAAGCAGCCUUCAUGGGCUUUGUCUUCUUUGCAGGGACCCCACUCAAUGCCGUGGUGUUGGUGGCCACACUGUGCUACAGAAAGUUACGGCAGCCAUUCAACUACAUUCUGGUCAACGUACCCCUGGUGGGCUUCCUCUUCUGCAUCUUCUCUGUCUUCAUUGCCAGCUGUCAGGGAUACUUCAUCUUUGGUCACUACAUGUGUGCUUUGGAGGCCUUCCUAGGUUCCGUAGCAGGGCUGGUGACAGGAUCCUCACUGGCCUUCCUGGCUCUUGAGCGCUACAUUGUCAUCUGUAAACCUUUUGGCAACAUCCGCUUCAGCUCCAAGCAUGCACUGAUGGUGGUCCUGGCUACUUGGAUCAUCAGUAUUGGGAUCUCCAUCCCACCCUUCUUUGGCUGGAGCCGGUUCACUCCAGAGGGUCUGCAGUGUUCCUGUGGGCCCGACUGGUACACCAUGGGCACCAAAUAUCACAGCGAGUACUAUACUUGGUUCCUCUUCAUCUGUUGCUUCAUCGUGCCCCUUUCUCUCAUAUGCUUCUCCUACUCCCAGCUGCUGGGGGCUUUUAGAGCUGUGAGUGCUCAGCAGCAGCAGUCAGCUACAACCCAGAAGGCUGAGCGGGUGGUGAGCCACAUGGUGGUGGUGAUGGUGGGAUCUUGUCUUUGUUACAUGCCCUAUGCUGCCUUGGCCAUGUACAUGGUCAACAACCGUAACCACGGGCUGGACUCAGGGCUUGCCACUAUUCCUGCUUUCUUCUCCAAGAGUGCUUGCGUCUACAAUCCCAUCAUCUACUGCUUCAUGAAUAAGCAGUUCCAAGCCUGUAUCAUAGACAUGUUGUGUGGGGAAUCCACAGUAGACGAACCUGACACAUCCAGCUCCCAGAAAAUAGAAAUCUCUACUUGCCAAGUUAGCCCCAACUAA